AUGGCGAUCGUACCGCCAACCCCACCCCCAUCGAGAAACUCCCCGCUGUACCCCGUUCACGCCGUCCUGCGCCGGUUUGACCUCCAUGCGGGCUCCAGUAACGGUGUGGCACUGCAACGUAUUGGCCCGCCGCCGCCGCCGCCGCUUCCGUCAGCUGCGCCCCUGCAAGGGGGGCGCAUGGAGCUUGUCUUGUUUCCGUGCCAACUGGGCGAGCCCACGCAGCCCAUCGGAUGGCCUCCGGCCUCCCUGUAUGAAUGCACCGUGAUGGUGAAUGACGCAUACGUGACGGAGGACUUCCCACGCUCCCCGACGCGUAGCGCAAGCCAUCGCACCCUCGCGGGGCUGCCUCUCUCACGAUACCUCCGCUUGAGAGAGGAUGGAAGUAUUGACCCGGAGGCGCCGCUCAGGCUGUUCGUCACAAGUAAGGCAAAAUGGGCAGCGACGUUCUUGCUGGCGUGGUGCAGGGUGAAUGACGCGAGUGCCGUGGUGGCGGAUGUCGUUGCAAGGCUUUUGCGGUCGGAGGCGGCGUGCACCGGGUCGACUGCGUCCUCCGCCUCCUCCUCGUCGCUCAACGAUGACGGCAGCGAGAACGGGGCGGAGUCCGAUGUGGACGUUGACAGCGGGUGGGUGGAGGACGAUGGCGACGAUGUGGAUAAGGCGGAUAAGCCGGGCGGCGGCCACACGGCGUCGGCGGUGCAGCUUAGUAACAGGGCGACGUCGUCGGCGGGGACGGCCCUCGGGGCGGCGGCGCCGGUGGACGCUGAGGACGACGACGGGGGCCUUGUGGGUGACGGCGAGGCCGUUGUGACGCUGCGCUGCCCGCUGAGCUACCAGCGCAUACGGCUCGCGGGGAAGGGCAAACACUGCUCCCACCUGGCCUGCUUUGACGUCGCGACGUACCUUGAGUCCUCGCUCCGCAGCAGUGCGUGGAACUGCCCAAUCUGCGACGGUGCCGUUUUCGUCCAUGACUUGCGCCUCGACCGGACGCUACAGUCUGCCCUGGACGGGUUGGGCGCCGAGGUGGAUACCGUCGUCCUGUUCGGCGCUGGACACCGUGAGUGGCGUGCCGCGUGCCAACAGAAAGAAAGCUCCUUGGGCGCAACCGACAAACGCAGCAGCCGCAGGGGUGGGAGUGUGACGAGAGCGGCCCACGGCGAUAGCGGGAAAGGACAGCAGGCGCAGCCGCAGUUGUGUGUCGUCGAUGACAGCGAAGAGGAGGACGCGGGUGGCGACGACGCGGACGUUCUCGACAUGCUGGCGGUUGCUGGCGGCAGGAAACGUGCCCGGUAUGAACAGACUUGA